ACUGUCAUUAUUUUUUCCAUGUCCUGGUUAUUUGGAGUCAACAAGCCCCCUCCACCUGGGGAAGAACCUCCAUUAAUCCCGGGAUCGCCCGGAGGAGGUGAUCAAGGCGGAGAGGAUGGCGGAGGAAAAGAUGACACAGGCGAUAGCAAGACUGCUCCUGUGUGGAGAAGCUUUGAUCCUUCAGGGCUUGAACGGGCUGCCAAAGCUGCAAGAGAGCUUGAAAAAUCACGUAAGUGUAUAAAACAAUUUAACUUUGACACACUGAGAAUACAGGUAAAUUUUGGUACACUACACUAUGUACAAAUUGAAGUUAAACUACAAACAGCUGAUUUCGUGCAUGUAUAUUUUCUUAAUAUUAAUUUUUUUUGUUACUAUAUUCAACUCUAAGAUCAUUCUAAGGAGGCACUGGAAAUGGCUCGAAUGCAGGAAUCAACAAAACAAUUGGAACAACAGCGCAAAAUUAAGGUAAGUGUCAUUUUUAUUUAGUUUGACCAGACUUGGCUGUGAGACAACAAGAUGCAUGAUGCACCAAUAUUAUUUUGGUCUCACAACAAUUUCCUUCCCCAAACAACCCAUGCCCACGAAUGGCAGACCACCCGUUUAAAUGGGUGUGGAUUUUAGAGGACUGAUCUGAAAACAGGUGUGGAAAAUGACAUUUUUUGGUAUGAAAUAGGGUCAGGAUUUGGUGAACUGGGUGGCACACCCCCCACCAAGAAUUCCCAGGAGUCUGCUGGGAUUUCAAGGCCAAGUCACUUGUCACUAUUUCACCCUAACAGGGCCUCAUUAUGCUGGUAACACUAAAAUCAAACAUGUUUGUCCUUGACUCUGUCAUUUUUUAGGAGUUUGAGGCAAAUAUUGAAGGCAUGAAGUUGGACAAAACAAGAGUUGAGCAAGAAGAGAAAAGAAAAACUCUUGCUGCAGAGACUCAACAGCACCAACAGGUAACUUACACUUAACUUUUACUUAAUAUUUCCAAUCUCAUUUUUCCUAAGUACUUGCAUGCUGUGUUACAGAACUGAAGAAAUUAAAUCAUUGCUUUGGCCAAACGACCUUAACUAGCAUCUAGUGGCUUGAUUUAACUUCACUUUUGAGUCUUUUGUUGUAACUUCACACUUUAGUGCACUAACUGACCCACCUACAACUGGCUUCCCUAGGGAAUUUAUAGCUACUCAUAGAUCACCCGAACACUUAGCCAAAAUCGAAGGUCAUUAAUUACACUAUUUGUUUCAUGAAAUGCAAAAUUGUCGUUCAUGAACUCAUGACAAGACCCCCUGCCCUUGCCACCCCCAUUCCUUUUACAGAACUGGUUUGUCUAUUGGGUAAGUGUUCUUGCUGCAACUUUGGACAAAAUGCUAACCCCUACUGACCCUCCUAACUGAACCCCUCUAAAAACACUGGAUUUUAAAGACCUCAAUCACCUUUUAAUUUAUGUUAUAGCUGGGCAGCUUUCCAUCGUUCCAUGAAACCCUGUUGCUACUCUUGUACUGUGUAGCUGCUUUACAGGCACCCCAAAGUUGCUAUUGGAAAUUUAGGUUUACCAGUUAGCUAUUUACAAUAUUUGAGGUUGAUUGCAAGUCUGAUGCCAUGCCAACCACUUGGCCAUACUGCCAGCCAUAAAGCCUUUAUAAACAAAGCUACAUAUUUUGUUUGGGUGGUAAUUAAGCCAUUGACAGCUGUUAUCCGUAACACUCUAAACUCAGAGUUAUUAAUUAUUACUUGAAUAUUGUUGUUGAUGUUACCAGCGAGCACAAUACCAGGAUCAGUUAGCCAGGAAACGCUAUGAUGAUCAACUUACACAACAGGUAAAACCAUGUGAUUCACUGUCACCAAUACUCUAAACAUGAUUAUAUUAAGCUGACAACUUUCAUGCUAAUUUAAAACCAAACGUAGAGCUUAAUUUAAAGGGCUAAGGUAAGAGUUAGAGGUUAUAUAGGGUUAAAAAUAAUUUAUUGUAAGUGUAAGUUCAAAAAUUUAGUUUACAUUGCCAAUUAUAUGGCACCAUGAAUGAGUAAUGGCUUGUCUUUGAUUGUUUGUCUCCGACUCCUUCUCUAACAGCGACGUAUGAAUGAAGAUAAUCUAGCUAAGCAAGAGGAGUCAGUAAGGAAACAAGAAGCUAUGAAACGAGGUACAAUGAAUAAAAGAACUAACAGCUUAGCAAGGAAACUUGUUUAACCCUUUAAACUCUAAGAUCAAAAUUUGAAUUCUCAUUUUUUGCCCCUAUCCAUUUCCUACAGAAGUAGUGGGGAGAAGUUGAUAAAAUAUCAAGCAAAUUCAUCUUGUGUAAUCAUGUCCAUAAUGCUCAUGACCAGUCUGUUUUACAAAGCAUUGAUAUUACAAGGAGAAAUUUGAUGCUGAUCACUCUUAGGGCUUGAGGGGUUAAGGCAGAGACUCAUAGGAUCCUUGCUAUUCUUUAGUUUAUAUGAAGGUGUCUGCUUAAUUCUUCAGGUGACAGGUUUUUUGAGAGGUUUUAAUUCCAGUUUGUGUGAAAUAACCAGUUUUAUUAAGAGCUUGGUUGAUAGUCUGGCCAGGGCUCAUCCCACAGCACCUUUUUCAGUAAGAUAUUAUACCCUCACCAAAGAGCUUCUUACAACUAAAUAGAUAUGCAUUAUCUACCAUGUAUGAGGUCAAGAUGUGUGUCUGAAUAUUGGCCAAGGUCUUUUUUUUCUUUGCUUUAUGGAUCAAGACAAAUUCAAGGUCGAUAUGAAUGCAAAAAAAGAAGGAAGCCAAUAAAUUCAUAUUCAAUCAUAUCAUCUUGACAAGAUAAGCUUGGUUAAUAAAGGAUUUAUUAUAGCCAACAGAACUUUUUCCUUGCAUGCAGGACCAGAGCAGGAAAUCCCAAGUGGGCAAUACAGGGCCAUCUUACCUGCUCAUGAAUAAAUAGCCAAUCAGAACACAGGAUUGGCUUCAUCUUGCCCCGCACUUGGGGACCAGUAAUAUAUAUUAAAAUAAUAACAGCACACAGUUAUUAGUGCUGACUAUUUUUGGUCUCAUUAGUGGGAAAUGUCAAUUUUGCAUUAUUCUUAGGGCAGAAAGUUUUACUGCAUAUUUGUAGGGCCAAGACAUUCACCAUUUCUUAUUAUUGUAUUCUCAGGAACAAUAGAAUAUCAAGCUGAGCUACAGCAUAAAAAUGAAAUGAAAAGGCUGGAAGCUGAACUAAGGGGAAAGUAAGAGAUAUUUUCUUCAUAGUACAGCUAGGAUCACAUCAUUCAUCCUCUGUGGGUGGUAUAUUAAAUUACAAUUAAACUGUGCUUUCUGCCUUCCAAAUUAUAUUACACAAUCUUAAUCUUGUAGAAUGUUUACUGCUAAAAAGCCGAUUUCAAACAAGUCCCUGAUAGUCCUCUUUAUAUGGCUUGUUUUAUAAUGAUUUAAUUUCGACCCUGCUGGCCAUAGAGCCUCCAGUAGCUCACUGGUUAGAGCAUCCAAACUAGAACUCACAGGGUCAUGAGUUUGAUCCUCGUGUGGUGCUCAGAAUUUUUUGUGAGCUUUCUGGUGUUAGAUUUCUCCUUCUUUCAGAUUGUCUUUUUUUUAAAUAAAUAUAUUUACACCCAAAUCCAUACCAUACAGUCAUAUAUAUCUAUGUUGUGGUUCAAUUUUAUCCUUGGUUUGAAUUUUAUUUUCUUUUGUUUUUGGGUGUGGUAAUGUAUGAAAAUGAGUUUGAAAGAAACGAAAAGAAAAUUUAAACCAAGGAUAAAAUUGAACCACAACUUACAGUACAUAUGUAUAUUCACCUUUUUUAUUUACAUAUGAAUAUCCCUGAUCCUUAACAACAUUUUUCUACAGAAGUGUGAAAACACUGCACUUUCAUUGCCCCUUUUUACAGAGCCCAGAUAGAGCGAGAAAACAAGGACAUUAGGCUGGAAAAGAUUAGAGUGAAGGCUGCAGAACAAAGAGAAACUGUCCUACAGUCAAUCAAGUUAGUUGUCCUUUCAAUUUCCUUUAUAUGUUUUCUUAAUUUGCCGAGAUUCGUCCCCUUUCUUACUACACAAUCUUAUAGUAUUCUCUUCCCCUGUUUCUGUGUUUCUUUUUUCAUUAUUAUUUUUCAUCUCCUUGUCUCCUCCCUUCUGAUCAUGAAUCCAAUUUCUUCCAUCCUCCAACAACUCUCCUCUUGGCUUGUUAACAGUGUUAUCUCUGCACCUUUUCUCUAGCCCCACCCUUCGGUGUAAGAAUACAACUGUACCCCUCUCACCAAGCCACACCAGUCCCCCUCUUAUCUCUGCCAAUUUCAAGCAAAUCCCUGAUACAGUCCUUUAUGACUGUUGUAGUAAUGUUAUCAUAGUUAUUAAAUUUCGACCCUGCUUGCCAUAGACCCUCCAGUAGCUUAGUGGUUAGAGAAUCCGAGAUAGAACUCGGAGGGUCUGAGUUCAAUUCUCACCUGGAGCUCGAAAUUUUUUCUGAGGUUUCUGGUCUUAGAAUUCUUCUUCUUCAAAAUUAUAUCGUUUCUAAUACCUACAGUUAUACCCUUUCUACAAGCCUAUCCUCUCUUCUCUUCUCUUCUUGCCCACUGUUUGCCUAAUUGUGGAGUUUAUCUUAUCUCUUAUUUCCUUAAUUUCUCCAGGACAGCUGGAAGCAUACUGGGAGCAGGGUUCAAUGCUUUCAUCUCUGACUGGGAUAAAAUUUCAGCCACAGUAAGUUAUAAAUUCCACUAAAUAUAAUGCCCCCCAGUCUCAAGCUGCAGAAUUUUUUUUUUCACCAGAAAUGCAUGUAUUUCUUACUCAAUAAUUGCCUUUUUUCUGUACCAUUUCUUCAAGUUGCAUAAACGACAGCUCUAAUUCUCACAUUGUAAAAGAAAUACGUAUGACUCAAAGAAUUAAGCAAUUUAAUAUGAAAAAUUUGUGUGUAAUUACACCUUGUACAUGUACUGGUACAUGUAUUCAGAUGAGUCACUGUGAACAUCAUAUUAACCCUUAUUCAAAUUAUGUAUGAAAAUCUCUCGAGUUCUCCAAAUCACAAAGUUCAUUUUGCAAAUAUGUUAAAAUGAAUAAGCCAAUGGAAAAACACACCCGAAAAGGUUUCAUUGUAAUGGUCAAACCACAGGAUUUCAUCUUUUUUCUCAAUUGCCAACUCUGAUCUUGUUUUAUUUCCUUUCUCAGGCUGCUGGUCUAACACUCCUUGCUCUAGGAGUUUAUACAGCUAAAUAUGGUACUGGAGUAGGUGCAAGGUUAGUUCCGUCAUUAAUUUGUUUUUGUUUUGACUCUGGCAAUAAACAGUUGUAUCACAAAACAAUAUACAUGACAUUGGAUUGUGUCUAGGAAUUCUAGGAUUAGUUGUUUUGUAUAAAUUAUUUUCCCUCUUUUUCUUAAACCCAACUGGAAUAGCAUGAUAGUUAUUUACCUUCAGGUUUUCCGCAAUUGUGUAUUUUUUUUAACAUUAAAGUUUAUUGAUUGAUUCGUUCUACAUGUAGGAAAUUUCUAAAUUGCACAUUCUUAUCAAUUUGGCUUUCCUGUGGUUGUGUUUCAAUUUGAUGUUUCGCAAUAUUAUUUUGUUUGAAAACUUUGAUCAAGGGGUGAAAUUGCCUAAAUUUGUGGACUUAGCCCCUGUAACACCAUGUAAGGUGUCAGGCUUAUAUAUGGGUAACAUUUCACAUCCUUACAAUAGGUGAUUGAGUCUAUGCUCAAAUUACCAGCUGCUGUUUGAUAAGUUAGCCUGCACAAAGAACAAAUACUACACUCAAGAGGGGGAUGGAAACCCAGCUAGAAUAAGACAAGUUUCUGUUUGUAUUGUAGAUAUAUUGAAGCACGUCUGGGAAAACCAAGCCUUGUUCGCGACACCUCAAGAUUAAGUGUCUUUGGUACUGUAAGACACCCUGUACAGGUACGUACAUUUGUAAACAUGCCUGGAAUGUUAGUUAAUGUUGUUUAUUGAGUUUCAUGACUGUGAAGCUUCCCUUUACCUCUAGCUGUAGCUCUUAUUUAAGUAAGCAUCCUUGUCUUUUGUUUUAAUUUCUUCUUUAGACUUUUAGAAAGAUGUUUGUCAACUAUGAGGACUCACUACAAGGAAUAAUUUUGAAAGUAAGUGUUUUUUCUUUGUUAAAACCUGGGUGCACAUUUACUAGUAAGUAUUAUCCAGCUUUUAUAAGUGCCUGACUAACCUCAAAUACCCAGCAUUACGCCACAGACGUUACAGCACCCUUGAUCUUUAAAUUCAAGUUGUUUACACCGGAUUGAAGAAAUGCUGUUUAGUAAACCAUAUGAGGUAAAUAUUCUAGCCUAGAACAAGCCAAAGCCAGGAUGAAUAUUCAACUCAAGUCAAUUUUUAUUUAACAAGAGGUUAAACACAAUGGAGAAUUCGUAAUUCCCCUAUUAAGCUUCCCCUCUUAAAUAAGCUCCUCCCCCCUUUUUAAAGGAAGAAAGUCUCUAUGAAGUGGUUUAAGCCCCCCGUCAAAUGGGCUUGAAAUAAAUAAGACCCAGGGCACUUAAUAGAGGAUUUACAGUAUAAGGAUUUGACUGGGGAAAAAAGGUGUUUUAGAUUGGUGGUCGCGUACAGGAUGCCUAUCGUGGAAACGUUUCUCACGCAUGUUGAUUUAAUUUUUAGCCUUCCCUUGAAACAAGACUCCAAGAAGUUAGCAAAGCAACAGCAAAUACAAAGAAGAACAAAGGGCUUUACAGAAAUUUGCUGUUUUAUGGACCUCCUGGGACAGGCAAAACUAUGUUUGCAAAGGUAAAAGUGAAAAACAAUAUAAUUUUAAAAGCUUAACUUUGUUAAAGUGCGCAACAACAUGGGCAGCAAUACGCUGCAUUGUAGAAUGUAAUAUAACCCUGGUUAGUACAUCAUCAACAUCAAUUUUCUCCUAACAAAAUCAGCAGAUCAUCAAGAGUAAAGGUUAUGAGAAUUACUCAAUUGGUUACCAAAGGGAGAAUACUUUGAUCUUAAACCAAAUUCUCUCAACUAUUCUUAAAUGAAAUGUAUGGAGAUCAGUGUAGAGAAUUUGUAUGUGGAUACUGGGGCUUGAAGGGUUAAAGUGCGCAACAACAUGUGCGGCAAUACCCUGCAUCGCAGAAUGCAAUCUAUCCUUGUCCUAGGCCCCCAGUGGUCUCAAUGAAUUACAGGAAAUGGGUUUUGAAUAUCCGUUUAACCUGAUUGGCAAAUCGACAACUAAGGGACCUUAAGAUGCGAGGACGGCGACGGCAGAGAAAACGUCGCUGAAAAAGUGAAUUCGCUUCUUUCAAUCUUCGUUGCGAUUACUCCAAGUCACUAGCUUUGUGAAAUGUAGGCGAACCCUCCUAAAGUUGAAUUCCUAAGGACCAUAUCCAAGUUCAGAAAGAGGGAGGAAAUUUCGGCGUCGCUUGUGUACUUCCUCUGUACAACGUGAAAUUGGGUAUUUUUUUUCACGUCGUAGUCGUGCAGUGACGGCAAAGAAAUGUACAAAAAAGCGUGAUGUGCGUGCAAAGUUGUUGUUUUGGUUAUUAAACCUAUUGCUUUCGUGCCGUUCUCGUUGCCGUCGCCGUCGUGAGAUCUUAAGGUACCUAGUGGCAUUUUAACAGGCCAAUCCUGGCACGCGCUCAAAUCCUGGUACACAGGUGGAGGCCCAGAACAAGGGUUUCGGCACUGUUUCACUGACAGACUUAACCAGAAGUUUAGUUCCAUUUGUGGCACAUGCUAGUGUAGCAAGAAAAAUUGUCGACAUGAUGUAUGUCAGGCUAGUGUUUUGGGAUUCAUCUUUGCAAAAAACUGUUGUCUUUAUCCCUGACAAUAUUCCAUUUCAGAGUUGCCUUAAGUCUCUGUUUCAAAACAAGGCUAAGUGCAGUGGCGGAUCUAAAGGAGGGGCCUGGGCCCUUAUUUUUAGACCAAACUGAGGGCCGAAAAAAUUUUUUUUGAGACCGUCCCCCCUCCUCCCCUCUUAUCUUAAGGUCUGGAUCCGAAACUGAAGUGUGACGUUAGUUAUAUGAAAAUGAUAUUUUGUUCUCAUGCAAGUAAAGCUCAUUUUCACAAGAAAGGUUUCGCAUUUAGUCUGGUUUUGAAAGUGAGAGUUUUUGGAACUUGGAAGUGGGCUAUUACUACACUGAAGGAGGCCUAUGUUCACACCUGCCCUGUCUCCAUUCACUAUCGAUCACUUUUCCGGGCAAAAGUGAGAUAAUUUAUCAUUGAAUGUCUUUGUUCACUCCCUAUAUGCCCUGGUCGCAUUUUGCACUCAUUUCCACUGCAGGCGAUUUCCUUUCCAUGUUCUCUCUGUAAGCUCUGCAAAAGCCAGUGGAAAUUGCCACGUUCUUGCUUUCUGUUCUUGCUUUCAUCAUCCUUCCACAUUGGUUUCCACUGUAAUCCCAGAGAGAGGCUGUGUUUGCUAUCCGUAUUUCCUUUGGAAGGGGGCGGGGAUGGUGUGUAGAGAGCCCUCCCUUGGAACAGUCAUGUUUUGUUUUUUUUGUCUGUCCCAGCUUAUUAGACUUCCAUCUUUCGUGCAAUAAAAAAUCUGCGACUUAAUCAUAGUAGAGAAGAAUUUGCCCAGUAGAUCAAAAGAGUUUCCUAACUGGUUAAAGAACCCAAUGAGCUACUUUCUUGCAGAUCCACAAUUAACUUGUUCCGCGUCUUUUUUGUUGUAGAGCCUCGCCAAGCAUUCUGGUAUGGACUAUGGUAUCAUGACGGGAGGUGACAUUGUUCCCAUGGGAAAAGAGGGCGUGACAGCCAUGCAUAAAGUGUUUGACUGGGCCGAGACCUCAAGACGGGGGUAAGAAAUAUUCUGUUGUAAUAUCCAGUCCAGAUUUGUAAUAACGCAUGCGCCAGGUAUCCAGUUUCACGCCACAUCAAUGCUAACAAAUUCUUCAAGAUUUUCUCCCUUCGUGAGUGACUUCACUGAUUUUAUGGUGCUUUCUUUCUGUUGUUUUUAGGUUAUUACUGUUUGUAGAUGAAGCAGACGCAUUCUUGCGGAAACGUAAUCAGGUAAAAAAAAAGUGAACACCUGCGUUUUAUUUUGUUUUUGAACUUUUGUUGGAUGAUAUUAACUAGAAGAUUUUUAUUUUAACCUUUAGGAGAAAAUGAGUGAAGAUCUUCGGAGUACUCUCAAUGCUUUCCUCUACAGAACUGGAGAAUCUUCUCGCAAGUAUGGUUUCUUGUCCUGUCAUAUACUGAUAAAAAGAGGCUGUAUAAACAAAGUUACCGCUUUCGGAUAAAAACGCGAGCCAAAAUGCCCUGGGAACGAGGUUGCGAGCCAAUUGACCACUAAUUCCUCUACAGAAAAUACCAUAACAGACCAUAAUGCUCUUUGUUUGUCACCCCAAAAUUUUGCAUAACCAUAGUCUUCAGUUUUUCUUGGAGUUAAAAUGGCCCCAAGAGAAACUGGAAACAAUGUUUAUGCAAAAUUUUGGGGUCACAAACAUAGAGCAUUGUGGUAUGUAAUGGUAUUUUCUGGAGUGGUCAAUUAGAUCCUCCAAAUCAAUAUAGGCGUAAUAUAGGCGUCCAAAUCAAUAUACGCGGGUUGUGAGGCUUUAGUUAAAUUUAGGUUGCGUUAUCUGAUUGGUUAAAAAAGUGGUGCAACUUUUUUUUAAAAAAGAAAGGCUUAGAGCAAAGCGUGAAUUUCUGUUCUGGACAUAACUAAAAACCGUUUCCUAACAGUUUGGCGGGGCACCCUCGGAAUUUAACGCCAUGUCUCGCCUUCAGAGAGUUGUUGACGAAAAAGAGAGUUAAGCUACUGUCAAGAAAAUGUUAUUUGUCGAAAACUCUCCAAUCAGUUAAGUCCCCCUGCAAGAUGUCAGUUCGGCUUGUGGAUAUCUCUGAGAAAUAUUUGUAACUAAUCUUAAUCGUUAAUAUUUGAGGCGGGUCCGCAAUAGAUUGUUCAGGAUGUGGGAUUUGCCCUCUUUAAAGGGCGGGAUUCGGGAUUUUAAUGAGAAAUGGCGCGCGAUUCGGGAUUGAAAGGAGGAAGUUUAAGCAGCAACGACGGCGACGGCUACAAAAACGUCACUUAAAAAGUGAGGUCACGCUGCUUCAAACUUUAUCGCGCUUGUUCUAUCUUAAUACGCCAAAUGUUGGCAAUUUUUUGUGAAGUUGAAUUCUAAAAGACUGUAUCAAAGUUCAGGAGAAAAAAAAAAGUUGUUGUCUUGUGUCCACGUCUUUUAGAAAACAUGAAAUUAGGCAUUUUCUCGUCGUAAUCGUGCAGUGACGGCAAAGAAAUGUACAAAAAAGCGUGAUGCACGUGCAAAGUUAUUGCGGUUUUGCCGUUUUCGUUGACGUCGCCGUCGUCGUUGCUUAAAGGUGAUGUUAAACGGAGCGAUUCGCAAUGACGGUUUUUAAGCACAACACAGCGCUGCAAUGUUGGAACAAUGUUGUAACCAUUGAAACAAUGUCGCAACAAUGUUGCAACCCCUGUGUUGUGCUAAAAUCGUCGUUGUGAAUCGUCUCGUGUAACAUCACCUUAAGCUCCCUACUAUUCGGGAAAUGAGGGAUGCUGCAAUAACCCUCGGGAUUACGGGAUUGAAGUGCCCUUUGAGAACUCGCUUCAUAUUUAACGGAUGAGCUUCUUUUCGCAUACUCAGGUUUAUGUUGGUCCUCGCCAGUAAUCAGCCAGACCAGUUCGACUGGGCCAUCAAUGACAGGUUGGACGAGAUGGUCGAAUUUGAUCUGCCAUCGCUCGAAGAAAGAGUGAGGCUAGUCCGUCAGUAUUUUGAAGAACACGUUUUAAAGCCAGCCACCACGGGAUCUCGGGCUGGGUAAGUUUAAGCAUCUCGCUCACGCAAACACGAGUAGCAAUAGUUUUACUUAACCCACGAGAUUUUUCCGCCAUCUUCCUAGUUUUCUCUCGUCUUUUUGUUUUUACCGAGGGGGCGCCUCCCAUAUUAAAGUGAUAGGAAUGCUCGUCGGAAAAUGCAAAUUAAACCCCUUGGGGAGACCAAUGUGGGUGUCGUUCAAGCUUAAACUGACCCCCAAGGGAGAUUUCUGUGUGGUCAGCGUCGAGCAUCCCCCCCCCCCCCCCCCCCCCCCCCCCCCCCCCCCCCCCCCCCCCCCCCCCACUCGCCAAAAUUUUUUGGCUUUUAAAAACAACAUUUUUAAAAAAAAAAUAAAAAAAACAAAAUAUAAAUUUUUUUUUAUUUUCAAUAAUAAAAUAAGAACAUAAUGAGGGGAAGGAGGUGAGGUAUGGGAGGGCCGCGGUGACGUUAAUAGAAAAAUCAAAGAAAUGGGGCGUGCUCACAAUUAAAGGGGAGAGGUAUGAGCGGCGGAAAACGCAAAUUUAACCCCUGGGGGGCGCGAAUGGGGGGGUUGGUCAACGUAAAGCUGCCCCCGAAGGGGGUUUUUGUUGGGUGCGGGCUCCGGCACCCCCCCCCCCCCCACCCCCGAGCGUUUCUACUGCCGCCCGCGAACUAAAUUACUUGGCUAAAUUUAAUUGGCUUUAAAAAGCCACCUGUGUAAAGAAAGAAUCAAUUUAUCACAGCUGUCAUUGUUAUUUAAUUCCAAACUCUUUGCCAACCUCAAUUUACAGCCCUAUAUAUGAUGUCCCAGCAUGAUUUUGUGUAACAUAACUUUUGGUGCCAUUAUUCAGUAUUUGACGUUUUAUUUUCGCGUUUCAGUCGGUUGAAGAUCGCAAACUUUGACUUCAAUGUGAAAUGUCGUCAAAUAGCCGAAGUGACUGAGGGACUUUCAGGGAGAGAAAUUUCCAAAAUAGCAAUUGCCUGGCAGGUGAGUAAAAUAUGUUGACGUCAUUCUGAACACGGACCAAAGAGACGUCUCGAAACGAGAAAGGUAAUGAGGACAAGAAAAAAUUUCAGAGCGCCAAUUCGCCCCUUUAGAAGACUUCUGGGACGUUGCUAGGGACAACGAAAAGAAAAAUGGCCAAUAGCUGAUCGGCGCGUGCCCAGUAACGAUCCCAGAAACAAUUGCGGGACGCAUUUCGGCUCCAGUUUUCUUUUCGUUUCUCCAGUGGCGGACAAGCUGUAGUCUGAAAUGUCAUCCGUCUCUUCGCCCCAACCCCCAACGGGCGGAAAGGCUCCAAGACUGAAAAGCACACUCGUGGCCGCCAACUAGACAUUUAUGCAUGAUUGCAUAAAUUAGUCUGUGAUGUCACAGGACGGCAUUAUAACUCUGUGAAUAGCUCACUUUCGACAUAUCAAAAUUCUGACAUGACAUCCGAGGAUUUCUAGUCAUGUUUCUAUAUUUGGUUUGUUUUUCUUUGUGCUCAAGUCUCCUCUGGGAAUUGCGAGACAAUGCAGUCUUAAAAAAUUGGCAAUUUUGUCCCUUAAGCCUCGGAGUCAUGUUAGACUUUUAAUAUAUCGAAUGUGGGCUGUUCAGACGUCUCUCUCGCCUUGCCGCCUGUUGGGUUGUCUCAGACGAGACAAGCUCAGGCUUUUUGACUGUUGAUUGUUUUUUUAAUUCCAGGCUAGUGCGUACGGUUCCCCUGAUGGCGUUCUUACCGAAGAAAUGAUGGAUGAAAGAGUUCAAGAGGCUGUUAGACAACAUAAGCAGAAAAUAGAAUGGCACAGCUCUGAACUUCCAGGCGAAAUAACUGCUUCGAAUACGACGACUCAGAAAAACAGAGACUCUGUACUCAAAAGAACUCAAGAUAAUAAAUCAAAGAAAGGCUAAUUUAUCAUUUCGAAAUUUUCGUUUUUAUUGAGGCGACCUCAGAACGUCCGUAUACCAGGCGAUUUUUUGCCACCAAACAGAAAAUUGGCUGCUUGAGGCGACGUUGAUAAAUGUUCGCAAAAAAUGUUUGUUCCUCCGACUUGUUUCUUUAAGAAAGCUCUUGUGCGAAGCAAAGCGCGACCAAUUUUCCUAUCGGAGCUGAUUUCUGGAUACACCAGUGGUCAUGUAAUGGGCUUAAUUUCAUUCCAAGAUGGCGUCGUCCAGAGCAAAGUUAUUUGAGCAGUGGCACGCCAAUAGUCCAAAAAUAUGAUGUGGCUUGAAUGGCGACACAACGACAAAUCUUUCAGCUCGCGAGGAAAAGGAAAAGGGUAUCUGUGUGAUGGUCGUCACCGUUACCUCAGGUAUAAAACUACAAUGAAUAGCUUCAAAAAGUAACUCUGAGACAAGGAUCGCUUUCCCCUGCUUUUGGUAAAUCAGUGUGCAGAGAACGGUUUAAUUACAGCAGGGAACAUUUGUCUCUUGCCAGGUUGUGAAAACUGAGUUUUACUGGCCGUAUCUGGGUACAUUUAACUGUGGAACUUUGCAAAUAACAAUUACCAAUGCGUCACCGCUAGAUACUGGAAACACAAAUUCGCCUCUCGCAAUGAGAAGCAAGGUCACUGACUUCCGCGUGCCCACAUGUGGGUUGCGCUUGUUUUAAGCGUGGAUAACAUUCCAUGUUGAACGCUUUCAUUGGACGAAUGACGCGGGAAAUUUUAAUUUAAAGAAAAACAAUCGCUCAUGUAAGGAAAUCCAAGACAGUCCUGGAUUCCGGAUUCCAGGUACUGGAUUCAGGAUUCUUUGUCAAUGAAAUUUGGAUUCCGCAUUUCAAUGGUUAGUAGGAUUCCGGAUUCCUUGAGCUAUAUUCCGGAUUCCAAAGUCCAGGAUUCCAGAUUCCACUAGCAAAAAUUUCCUGGAUUCCGAAUCUGAAUUCCCUUACAUGAAACGAAAAACAAGAUCAAAUACAGAAGUCUGUUCUUAAGCUGUGGUGUCUUGAAAUCUACUGUUAGCUAAUGAUUGGAAAUUUUGAGCAAUUACCGCUCAUUGCUUUCUAGAAUGAGUUUCAAUGCCCGAAAUCUAUAAGGAGUUUCAUCUCCAUUUCUACAUACAUGUAACCUUGUAUCAUUUCAGCGGGUCUGAUGAUCAGUUUUGCCUAUCGAGGAAUUCACUGUUGUCAAAUCUGGUUCGCCAGAACUACAAUGAAUCACUAGUCUUAAGACUCGAUAAAUUAAUAGAACGU